GUUUACCACAUAGCAUACGUUUGCUUUCUAUUACUCUUAAGUCAUACCAGCUCCUGACACGGUUGCGCGAACCGGCUGCUUAUCUUCAAGGUGCUUGCAAUUCGUGUGCAGCAAUCCUACUACAGAUAACAUUCACUUGCUGCUUCACUAUAUAUCCUGUGAUACCUGUACUUACGGGUCUGUAAAAUGACGUCUCUAAUGGAGGUCGUUGAUAUUCCAAACACCGCUGCGGAAAGCCUUCGGGCACCUCCCCUUCUCUCGGACGUGACGUUCGCUUCGGCGGUUUCAGCAGCGUUCAAGGCGCUGCCCGGCAUACUUGCGGAGUCCAUCCUUGCUAAGACGCUAGCGUCUCGACUAUACGCCUUACAAUCCGUACCGCCGCUGGCUCGCGUGGAAUGGCUACGAGAGCUCGAACAGCAAGAGGGUAACACGCUGGUACUCGACCGCAAAGGCCUCACCGCUCGCGGCGGCCUGCUACCAGAUGACCAUCUGUUCAAGACCAUGGCUCGCAAAGGCCUCAUUCGUGACAACCACGUCAUCUGGGCUCCCAGCUACCCAACCCUGCCUCCACCCGCAGCCUCCCGAGCCGCAGCACCCACCAGCGUCGCCCCCUCCUCCUCAACCUCCAACGCACCAACCACCGCGCCUACGGUCUUCAACGUAUACGCCCUGGGAAAUGCGGUAUGCGGUCACCCAGGCAUCGUACAUGGCGGGCUGUCAUCCGCCAUCAUUGACGAGUCCUUCGGAUACCUCAUGUAUCUCAUGGCUUCGGCGGCAGCGGAGGCAGGUGCGCCGGCGGCGGCGGAGGCUUCGCCAGUCACAGCAGGGCCUACGACCGCCCCAGCCCCAGCCGCAGCAGCUGGUACGGCACCAGCGGCGCAGGUGGGCGACCCGUCCGCAGGGAGUCAGGGUGUCCCAGAGACAGCUGCAGCCGGGGCUGCGGCAGCGCUGGUGGGGGCAUCAGAGGCGGUGCCGGCGAGCUGCACGGUGGAGAAGCGGAAGGAGGAAGGGCAGGGGCAGCAGCAGCAGGCGCAGCGGCGACGUGGGUUGGCUUGUGUUGGCGGGCUGUCAGGGAGGGAGCUUAGGUCGGCCAUGACGGCUCGCCUGGAGGUGGACUUUGUGAGGCCGCUCCCGCACGACUCCAUCGUGGUGUGUGUGGUGCAGUUGCACCGAGUGGAUGGACGCAAGGUGUGGCUGCGCGCGCAACUCAUGAACAGCGCGCCCCGUACCGCCACUGCCAUCACCACCUUCUCCAACUCCUCCGCAACACCAGCAUCCGCCGCCGGCGGCGGCGGCAGCAACAGUGCUGGUAGCAGCAGUCCUGAUGCUGCUGGGGCUGAGGUGUACGCGCGAGGAGAGGCGCUGUUUGUUGCGCCCAGACCCAAAGCCGCAGCUGCUGCUGCAGCUGCUGCUGCGGGGGCGGGGGUGACUGGCAGCAGUCCCAGCACCUAGCGCAAGGUGUGACGCAGCAAGCUGAUACCGUAACGUUGGAUGUAUGGUUUUGAGGGGCAAGCGGCGCGGGCAGCAGCAGGUGGUGUGAAGAGACGCUUCUGUAUGUACCCAUAGCAUAGCUGAAGGACGCUGGCAAACUGGGGUGUUCAGAGGAAUGGUGCCACGUACGUCGCAAACACAGGAGUGUGUACCUUGAGGGAUGAUGCGAGGAAUGAUGCACGGCAGAAGAUGGAACGGUGCGGUUGGAUGUAUUCGCGCCUUCCUUGCUGGAACGCCGUCUUGCAUUGGUGCACGAGAAUAGUGUUACUCGGUUGGUUUACUUUCGCGACCUUCACUUGUUUCUUACUAGGCAAGGAUAUCCUGUUCCUUCAAAUUCAAGGAUUUAGCGGGCCCAUAGCCCCAUACCUGCGGUGGCUGAGGAUGCCUCUGGGGUUGCAAAACAGUCAGGCGGAUUCAAGCGCGGCCUGAUAAUCGGCAAAGGGUGUAAGCUGUAAAACUCUGAUG